AUGACACCCGUUCCAAGAGUAAUGAAAGCCAUCGUUGUUGAUGGCGACAAGGCCGUUUUGAAGGAAAAUGUUCCAGUUCCCAAGGCUAGUGGCACUCAAGUGUUAGUCAAAGUGAAGGCUGUAGCCGGCAAUCCUACAGAUUGGAAACAUGUCGAUUAUAAGAUUGCACCACAAGGUUCCAUUCUAGGGUGCGACGUAGCAGGUGUUGUAGUAGAAUUGGGCCCAGACGUUGACCAAUCGCGGUUCUCGGUUGGCGAUGCUGCCGUCGGGUUCGUGCAUGGCGGGUCAGUGAAGUUCCCUGAGAACGGUGGACACGCCGAAUAUGCCUUGUUAGAUUCGGUCCUCUCGUACAAGUUGGAUUUAUCUUCUAACACGAGCAAAACGAUUCCGGAAGGUCCAGUUAAGACCUUUGAAGCAGCUGCGUCAUUGCCCGUUUCGCUAUUGACCGCUGAUGUGGUGCUAACGUAUCAUCUGGGCAACAAGCUGGAAUGGGAACCCAAAAAUCCUCAACACGAUUAUCCAAUCUUGAUUUGGGGUGGUGCCACUGCUGUGGGCCAGUGGUUGAUACAAUUGGCGAAGCAAUUGAAUGGAUACUCUAAGAUUGUGGUCGUUGCAUCUAAGAAACACACUCCGCUACUAACGCAUUACGGUGCCGACGAAGUGUUCGACUACCACGAUGAUGACGUGAUCGAACAAAUCACAAAGAAGUAUGGAGGGUUCAAAGCGUUGGUCGAUGGUGUUUCCUCACCUAGCACAUUCAAACAGCUGUACAAGUUAGCUGCAGAGGGUGCUACCAUUGUUCCUUUGAUGCUGUACUCGGAAAAGGAUAUUCCCGAAUCUGAGAGAAAGAAGGACAUCAAGAUCGAUGGCGCACUAUUGUAUUUGGCCUCUGGGCAUGAGGUUCCGUUUGGAUCCAUCACUAUUCCUGCAAACCCUGAGUAUAAGGUAGAGGUUGCAAGGUUCAUAAAGUUCUCCGAACAAAGAUUGAAGGAUGGCAAGCUACACCAUAUUGCAAUCAGAAACUAUGAAGGUGGUCUAAAGGCUGUCCCACAAAUUUUAGACGACAUCAAGAACGGUGUCAACUCCGGCGAAAAGCUCGUAGCAUCAUUGUGA